AUGGUUUCUGCUAGUGCACCAAUUACACAUAUCGAGGUGAACUCUGCCUUGAUCAACAAGAUCUUUGUUGGGGACACGAUAGUUGCACUCGAUGGCAAACCUAUCACGAAUUCCGAAGAGAUCCAUCGAAAACUGAAAGAACCAUCAGAGAUGGACAAGGACACAGAAAAAGUCACAGGAAGGCCCAUUGACGUCUACUUUGUAAGGAACAUGCAUAUAGCACUUGUCAAUAAGCUUGCAACUAACUAA